UCCUUGGUGUGAAAGCCCACUUCCUUCCCUGCCUACCCCAACAACGACCCCCCUCUCUCUCUCUCUCCUCCGUUUUUUUCUCCCUCUCUCUUUCUUCCACCCAAUCUCCUCCCAGGUGUCCGCCUGUCGACAGCGCCGUGUGUGGCCGCCCAUUCACUCACACGGACCAAAAACAGACCAGAUAAUGCCCUGUCCCAUCCGCACCCGGUGUUCCAUGUGCGCUGCUGCCGCUGCCGCUUUAGCUUUAGCUUCUCAUAAUUGUAGUUCCAACUCCUAGGGUUUUCAAUCUCUCUCUCUCUACAAAUCCGUUCAAUUCUUUUGCUUCAAUUGUAGUUUGUAUGGAGCUUGAGCAAGCUCAGCUCGCCUCGGCCUUUUAUGGACCCAGUAUGCAAGAAGACGGAGGCGGAGGAGGAGAACCGCCGCAAUCGCAGGAGGUGUUUGACCGGUCGAUGCCGGCGGUGAAGGACUGCAUGGCGGCCGAUCAAUGCGAAACGAUCGGCGGGGGGAUGGUUGUUGGGAAGGCGGGGCAGAUGGUGGUGGUCAAAGAGGAGGCGGGUAAGAACUUGGGGAAGCGGAGGCGGGGCCGGCCGCCCAGCGGGCAUGCCAAGGCGACGGCGGUGAGCAAGAUGCAGGACGAAGAAGAAGACGUUUGCUUCAUUUGCUUCGACGGUGGAAGCCUCGUGCUUUGUGAUCGCAGGGGGUGCCCUAAGGCAUACCAUCCAUCAUGCAUCAAGCGGGACGAGGCCUUCUUUAAAUCGAAAGCCAAAUGGAAUUGUGGUUGGCAUAUAUGUAGCAGUUGUCAGAAGGCUGCCCAUUAUUGGUGCUAUACUUGUACAUAUUCUCUGUGCAAAAGAUGCACUAAAGGCGCGGAUUAUCAAUGUGUACGAGGAAAUAAAGGAUUUUGCGGAACAUGUAUGAGAACUAUCAUGCUAAUUGAGAAUGUGCAAGAAAAUAAGGAAGGGGCUCAAGUUGAUUUUGAUGACAAGAGCAGCUGGGAGUAUCUCUUCAAGGUUUACUGGAUUCUUUUGAAAAGGAAACUAUCCUUAACUUCGGACGAUCUUUUUAAAGCUAAAAAUCCAUGGAAUGAAGCUGCCGUUAUGGUUGGUAAGGGGGAUUCUUCAACUGAACUAUAUGAUGGUAAUAAAACAAAUUCAGGUGCAGUCAACUGUUGUGCAGAUCUGGAAGCUACACAUUCAAAAAGAAGUAAUAAAAAGCCCAGAACUUUGGACAAGGAUUUGAGUGUUGAAGACACAGUUUGGGCGUCAAAGGAGCUCUUGGAGUUUGUUGCUUAUUUGAGAAAUGGUGAUACAUCUGUGCUAUCGCAGUUUGAUGUCCAGGCACUUUUGUUCGAGUACAUAAAGAAAAACAAUCUUCACGAUCCUCGCCAGAAAUGCCAAAUUAUUUGCGAUUCAAGACUCAUAAAUCUUUUUGGGAAAGAAUGUGUGGGUCACUUUGAAAUGUUAAAGCUUCUUGAAUUUCACUUCCUCAUUAAGGAAAGUUCCAAGGCAGAUAACAUUAUUAGCCCUGGAGUUGAUAAUACUGUUGGCAGCCAAAUGGAGAUUGAUGGGAACUAUGAUAAUCAAAUGAUGAUGCGUAAUGAUAAGAGGUGUAAAACACGCAAAAGGGUAGAUGAGAAAGGACCACCGACCAAUCCUGAUGGAUUCGCCGCUAUUGAUCUUCACAACAUUAAUCUGAUUUACUUGCGGCGUAACUGGGUGGAGAAGCUUAUUGAAGAUGUUGACAAAUUGCAUGAAAAGGUGGUUGGUUCAAUUGUGCGAAUAAGAAUUCCUACUGGUGACCAAAAGGAAGAUAUUUAUAGGCUUGUCCAAGUCACAGGUACCAGCAAGGUUGCUCAACCUUAUAAAGUUGGCACAAAAACAACUGAUGUUAAGCUUGAGAUCUUGAACUUAAAAAAGAAAGAGGUUAUAUCAAUUGACGAGAUCUCUAAUCAGGAGUUCUCCCAGGAUGAAUGCAAACGAUUACGUCAAAGUAUAAGGUGUGGGCUCAGCAAACAGUUGACUCUGGGUGAGAUUCAGGAGAAAGCAAUGGCCCUUCAUGCAAUUAGAGUAAAUGAUUGUCUGGAAGCAGAGGUAUUACGGAUUAGUCAGCUUCGUGAUCGAGCAAGUGAAAAAGGACGCAGAAAGGAGCUUAGACAAUGUGUGGACAAACUACAGCUUCUGAACUCGCUAGAGGAACGUCAGCGCAGACUGCGUGAAAUUCCUGAAGUACGCCCUGAUCCUAGUAUGGAUCCAAGUUGUGAGUCCGAAGGCAGUGCUGGAGCAUUCGAUAAGAAACAAGAUGCCAAGGUCAGACCAAGGAGAUCUGGUAGAAAGGGAAGGGCACCUUUCUCUCAACCAAGGGAAGGCGAUACUUCAAGCAAUUCUAGAAGUAAGGCACCGAAAAAUCCGGGUAGAGCAACAUUUGGAAUAAAUGGAUGCAAUACGACAAGGAGCCAGGUCAAUCUCACUGGUUUGGUGGCUUUUGAUGGGAAUAAUCAAUCAGCAGUUGAAUCCAAUACACCUUCUGAGGUUGCAUCAGAAAAUUCAUCGUUGCCCUCUUCUAUAGUGACGAGUGCGAACCAUUCUGUUGAUGAUUUUGAGACAGACAUUAUAUGGCAUUACCAGGACCCAACUGGAAAAGUUCAAGGACCAUUUACACUCAUGCUGUUGCGUAAAUGGAAUACAGCUGGGCACUUCCCUCUUGAUCAUAGAAUAUGGAAGAUAGAUGAGAAUCCAGACAACUCCAUCCUUUUGGCUGAUGCAUUGAAUGGACAGUAUAAACAACCAUUAUUGCCACAUGACAGCCCGUUACUUUCUCAGGAAUUUACAGCUGCCUCGGAUGAUAGAAACAAUGGUCAGGAUGAUGGAAGGAACAAGAGUAUGAACACAACUCCAAUAGAUGGUAAACAGGUUGAAGAGAGCUGGAACACGAAGCAGGAUGGCCAAAGUUUGCAAAAUAGUGGCAACAGUGAACUUUUAAGGAGCACUGCACCUGCUGAUGUUGUCAAUUCUAGUGAUGAACAAACUGGAAUCAUUUUGCAAGGCCUGGAUCAAUUGAAGGAUGAUAAUUCUUCGCCCAAUCAACCCCAAGAAAGUAGUUCACAACCUUCUCCUGCAUUUCCUGUGAAACCAUCUGAAACUUUGUCGCAUCAAGAAGGGGAGAGUAGAGGAGAGGAAAUUAACUCUGAUCAGAAGAAUGGAAAUUUGGAUCCCCAACAGGCUGCUCAGGCUCAAAUUACAAAUGGACAGCAUAAUGAGAGCCGAUCUGAUAGUGAGGGCCAUUCAGGUCAAUCUUCCGGGCAAAACUGGAGGCCUCCACCUGUAAGCAGUCCUUCAAAUGGCCAUCAUUCCAACUCGGAUCUUGUUCCUUUGAUUAAAUCACUGGAGAUUCCCGAACAAGAUCAGAAGGAAAAUAAUUUUUCAGAUAUGCCCGGUCCCACUCCAAAACCAAGCAAUGGAGACUUACAAGGUCAGGCAGCUGAAAAUAGACAGUCUGUGCCUUCAAAUGUUCCUGUUCAGGAUGCUGGCCAUAGCUGGAGCACCUCUUCUAGUUUAGUGGGUGGUGGGGCACCACUUCCGGAAGUAGAUGAUGACUGGGCCAAACCAUCUUCUAUAGAGGAAUGGGAAUCCAGUCUUGUCUCUGCAUCUUCUUUUAAACCAAGCGAGAUGAAUCAGUUUACGGAACCAACUGAAUUUUGUACUUUACCUGAUGAAUCAGUUUCAGAUCUUCUGGCUGAAGUUGAAGCAAUGGAGACUCUCAGCAGCUUGGCUACCCCGACUUCAAUCAUGAAUUGUCAAGGGGACUUUACAGAGGGUUCAAAAAAUGAUAGUUUCAGUUCUGUAGAUGGAUUCAGCCCAGCACCCGACCCUGGAAAAGGUGAUGCUUUGAGCUCCACUGGUGAUUUACGGGUUUCCAAGGCGAUGGAUGAACCAGUUGGGGUAUGUCAGGGAAAUGCACUUGAUUUGAGCUCCACUGCUAAUUUACAGGUUUCCAUGGUGACGGACGAACCAGUUGGGGCAUGUCAGGGAAAUGCUCUUGAUCUAAAAAACAGAUCUGGUGUACAUUCGUCCACAAGCCCCGAAAUGGAGGGAGACAGAAAGUACAGUGAUCUUUCAGUUAACCAAUUUGAGGCAGGUACAGAGAUGCGAACCACUGCACCAUCGGACAUCAACAAUCAUUGGAACAGUAGGUCAGAAAGCACAGGAAGGAGUUGGGAAGCAGUUCAGCCAGUUCCGAUAAAUGCAAACAUGGGACGGGGAGGACCAGACCAAAGAAGUGUAAACCUGGGUUGGGGAGAUGGUCAGGGGAUACCGCACGGAAACACGAGCAUACAUCCAGGUCAUCAGUUGCCCGCCGGGAGAAUGUGGGAAAGCCAACCAAGGUACGGCGGCGGCGGAGAAAGACUCUUGGGUCCAAGAGAUCGUGGUUUCCAGAAUAGGGAUUUAGGUAUGGGUAGGGGUAGGUUUGGAUGGAACAGGCAGACGAUGCAUGGAAAUGGCAAUGGAAAUGGAAGUUCGUUGAGGCCUCCUCCCAAAGGGCAGCGGGUUUGUAAAUAUUACGAUAGCGGGCACUGCAAGAAGGGAGCAUCCUGUGGUUAUCUGCACCCCUGAUUUUUGGGUCUCAAUUCUCAAACAAGAAGAUUAGACACAUUUAAUUAUGUAAUCAUUGCUCGUAAUUAGGAGGCUCCUUGUUGCCAAUUGCUGUAAUUUAACCUGUAAACGUAACUUACGUAAGCCGUCCAAGUGGCUUAAGUGAAUAAUUAUUAUUUUUGGGGGAUAGGUUUAGCAUAAUUUUGGAGUGUACCAUAUUAUUUGUGGUAUUCAUUCCAUGUUUCAUGUAAUAUCUGACGUCCACAAUGGACCUUUUACGUUUUACCAACCCAAACAAGUAAAUUCCCUUGUGUUUUCUUU